CUUACCUUCUCUCUUACCUCUGACGCACUGCAAACCGUAUAAUCCUUGACGAUUCUAGUCAGAUCCAAAUUGAAACCCCCAUUCCCACUACUUCAGAUCCAUAUCGGGCACGACUCAAGCCAGAUAUGGCUUCUAGGAACCAGAACAGGCCACCACGUAGCCCCUCAAAUACAGCCCCGUCAGAAAAGCGUCGGAGGGUUGGAGCAGAAAGGAUGGAUCGGCAGGGAAACACUGGCCGUGGCAGGCAGCCGUUUGCCUCAGUGAACAAAGGGCCAGAAGCUAAUAGAGCAAACGAUGCUGCCAAUAACGAGGGCUCAGAAUGUAGCACUGUUGAGUUCACCAAAGAGGAUGUGGAGGCAUUGUUAAACGAGAAGAUUAAAAAGGGAAAUCCCUUCGAUAAUAAGAGAAAAAUGGACCAGAUGGGAGAUUUCAUUAGGCGGCUUAGACUGUGUGUAAAAUGGUUUCAAAAACUUGAAGAAACUUACAUUGAAGAAAAGGAAAAGCUUCAAUCUGCCCUUGAAUCUGCCGAGAAGAAGUGCAGUGAUACUGAGUCUGAAAUGAAAAAUAAGAUUGAGGAGUUAAGCAACACAAUAUCAGAUUUGAAGAAGACAAUUUAUUCAUUGGAAGAGAGAAUUUCAAAGGAAGAAUCCUUGAAGUUGGAAUCGAUGGAACGUCAUAGAGAAGAAAAGGAAGCCAGAAGUGCUGCAGAGAAGAUGCAAGUUUCUCUUUCAACUGAGCUUGAGAAAGUCAAGCAAGAGAAAUUAGAGGCUGAGCAAAAGGUCAAAUCGAAUGAGCUUUUGUACAAUUGUUCAAAAGAGUAUAAUAUGGACCUGCAGCGCUACAAUAGUCGACUCCAGUCGGAUCUUCAAUCGGCUAAUGAAUCACUUAAAGAACUGGAAAAGGAGAAAACAGCCAUUGUUCAAAACCUUAGCGAUGUGAGAGGUCACAAUAAAAUAUUGCAGGAUCAGCUGGCAUCUGUUAAAGCUUCGCGUGAUGAGGCUACGAAACAAAAAGAUUCACUAGCACACGAGCUCAGUUGUCUCCGUGAAGAAUUAAAACAAAUUAGAGAUGAUCGUGAUCGGCAACAAGGACAAAUACAGGCUUUAACUGGAGAAGUAGCAUACUACAAAGAAUAUACGGGGAAUUCAUGUGCACAAUUGGAUAGCUUGACAAGUAAAAUAAAGGAUCUCGAGGACACAUGUUCUUUUCAGAGGGACCAAAUAAAUAGAUUACAACAUCAAUUGACUGCUGAAAAAGAGAAAUUGAAGAUGGCCGACCUAUCGGCUUUAGAAACAAGAACGAGUUUUGAAGAGCAGAAAAGAAUUAUCUGUGAACUGCAGGAUCGUCUGGCUGAUAAAGAAUUCCAAAUGAUUGAAGGAGAGAAAUUAAGGAAAAAGUUGCACAACACUAUCCUUGAGCUAAAAGGGAACAUUCGUGUGUUUUGUCGAGUUCGACCUUUGCUACCAGAAGAUGGUGUCGGAACAAACAUGCUUGUUUCCUACCCUACAUCAACAGAAGCUCUUGGCCGAGGCAUUGAAUUGGUCCAAAACGGGCAAAAGUACCCUUUUACAUUUGAUAAGGUCUUCAAUCAUGACGCUUCUCAGCAAGACGUUUUCAUUGAGAUAUCGCAGUUGGUACAAAGUGCGCUUGAUGGGUACAAGGUUUGCAUAUUUGCUUAUGGUCAGACAGGUUCAGGCAAAACAUACACAAUGAUGGGUAGGCCCAAUGCUCCAGAUCUGAAAGGACUGAUCCCACGUUCUCUAGAACAGAUCUUCCAAACUAGUCAAGCCCUUAAGGACCAGGGUUGGUCAUACAAAAUGCAGGCUUCAGUACUUGAAAUAUAUAAUGAGACGAUUCGAGAUUUGUUGGCGUCGAAUCGGCCAAGCGGAACCGAUCUAACUCGAACAGAAAAUGGUGUUCCUGGGAAGCAGUACACUAUUAAACAUGACGCGCAUGGAAACACAGAAGUUUCCGACCUCACUAUUGUAGACGUUUGUAGCGUGAAGGAGAUUUCCUCACUCCUGCAACAGGCUGCAAGUUGCAGGUCGGUAGGAAGAACACAGAUGAAUGAACAAUCAUCAAGAAGCCAUUUUGUUUUCACUUUGCGUAUAACUGGAGUUAAUGAGAAUACUGAACAACAAGUGCACGGCGUCUUGAAUCUGAUUGAUCUAGCUGGAAGCGAAAGACUAUCGAAAAGUGGGGCAACUGGGGACCGACUAAAGGAAACUCAGGCUAUCAACAAAAGUUUAUCGUCUUUGAGUGAUGUCAUGUUUGCUUUGGCCAAGAAAGAUGAGCAUGUUCCUUUUAGGAAUUCUAAACUGACGUAUCUUCUCCAGCCAUGUCUUGGUGGAGAUUCCAAAACGUUGAUGUUUGUCAAUGUUUCGCCCGACCCUUCUUCGGCUGGGGAGUCCCUUUGUUCUCUCCGUUUUGCUUCCAAAGUGAAUGCAUGUGAAAUUGGUAUUCCAAGGCGUCAGACAUCGUCCAAGUCCUUUGAUUCUCGGAUGAGCUAUGGGUGAAGCGUCGGUCCCCCCAUUGACCAGAACAAGUUGUUAUCUGUGCUGUAAAGAGGAAUUGACAAGUUUAACCUCAAUUUGACUAUUGUACUAAUGGAGUAGAAGGGUGGAAGAACAAAUUGUUCUUUAUACUGUGAUAACCAUGAACGCACAUAAUUUAUAGAAUUACAUCUGUACUUGUAGACUGGAGAGGCUUGGCUAUAGCUUCUAGUAAUGAUGUGUAUUAUUCAUCGUUGAUAUUGGUCAAUUUACCUGGGCAGCGUGUUGGUUUUAA